AGAAAGAAAACUCUACUGCAGUAAUUAUAGGAAAAGCCCCAAGUACAGCUUGGCACAGGGCUGGAACUGGAUGAGCUUUAAAGUCCCUUCCAACCCAAACCCUUCUAUGAUUCUAUGAUGUAUAGAAUUUUUGUUAGUAGUGUUAGGAAAAGAAAUUGGCCUAUUUCUUCAACUAAAUUAAUCUGAUGGUCUUAAAGGGGGACACGGAUGGAAAGAUUUUUUUUUUCACUUUGCUUAAGGAGUUCUUAAAAUAUAUUUUUCAAAGAAACAGUGACUGCAGGGUGAAGUCAAAUGGCUUCCAGCUCUCCUCUUCAGCACCCCGUAAUGUGUGAAAGCUGAAAUGUUUCAUUUAUUUUGGUAAGGAGAAAUGCCAGUGCUGGUUAUUUCUUUGUGUCACUUGGAAAAGUCUUCAGAGAUUUGAGAUGGGUACUUGAAGUGUCAGGGCCUGAUCAACUGGCCUAAAACAACAUAGGUGACCUGUGGGUGAUUCGUAUUGCGUUGCUGUGUGCACUGUUUAACCUGUAACAACACAUUGCUGUGUUCAGUAGAAUCAGAUUGUGCUGUUUUUAAUACAUAGAAUGUGAGAAGAUGCAUCAUAAUUGCAUUAUCAGUAGUGUUGGGCUUUGCUACAUUAAUUAUAGCUUCUCCAGUACAGGAGGUGAAAAAGAGCUACAAUCCCUGGGCCAUCAACACCCUGGCUGAUCAAUAAACGCGGUGUGAAAGGAGAAGAGCUGUGCAGGAAUGUUGCACCUCAACAACCCCGUUAGUUCAAAGAUAAGAGAGAUCUGGCUGUCUCCUUAUCUCCUUUCUUAAGCUUUGGCCAAAGCUCCAAGAAUGGGGGCAGUGGGACUGCUGAGACCAGGGAUUACACGUUUUUAGAUUACACGUUUUUAAGUUGUUUAUUUAACGAUAUAAAAGCUGGAUGCUUUUGUAGCAACUUUGGAGACCUCACCUAUGCACUGCAUCCUCACAAUUGUCCGGGAAGGCAAAUCCUCGCUGCAGUAGGGGCUCCCCAGCAACUGUGGAUCCGGAUGAUGAUAACAGGGCCAUUGGUGCUGGAACUUUCUUAAUUUCUAUACUUAUUCUCCUGUAGUAAUGAUUAAACGCAUUACCUUUGAAGGUUUUACUGUUAAUUUGUUAAUCACUACUAAUCAUUUGUUACUUUACUUGUUUUAAUAAGUUAAGUAAAAUUUGAUCUCGUAUCGUAUUUGUGAGUUUGGGCUUUUUAUGGUGAUCACGCUCCGUGCUUUGCGCUCUGUGGUAAAACAACAUGGCAAAGUGUUUUCAGCUUCUCUCUGAAAUAGCAAAUGUGUCUACAAGCUGUGACAGUGAAGUCUCCUUCCUCUUGCAGAGAUAUCUGAGUAAAUCUGUCUGAUUUACUCUUCUCAGUAUCUCAUUUCAUUCCCUUUCUGUCUUUCUCACCUAACAUUUUGCUUUUGGUGAUUCUGCAAUCCUCUAAACAUCUGCUCUUUGUUUCAAGCAAGAGAAAGUAAUUUUCUAGGAAAUGGUAAUUUUUUUGAAUGGUAAUUUUUUUAAUGGUAACUUUGCUGCUCUUUGCAUGGAGCAUGGAGAUAAAAAGCCGUCGAUUGGGUGGUCAUGAAAAAAGCAGAACGAUCUGGAGUUGAGAUUCACUGGGUUUUGUAGAGGAGGUUCCUUCCUCAGCUCACUUAACAGAUCCCAUCUGGUUCAAAACCUGCGUUGUAAUCCCAUGGAAAGGGCAGUGAACAGUGACCCCAGGCAGGAAUGAGAGGAAUGGUGGUAGCACGGAGAACUGGCAUUGCUGCUGGAGAAUAUGUUCACGCAAAUGCACCUUCUCUCUCUGUUUUGCUUGCUUCCUCCCUCUCAGAUCCACUCCCUCUUCUCUUCCCCAGCAGUUAGAGGUGUCCCUUUGUUUGACAGGAAGAAGAGCAUCCCUCUUCAGAGAUCUUCUCUGCCCUCUGACGCCCGUUUGCAGAGCUGGUUAGUUGGAGUCCAGCAUUGCAGGCUGUAUGUACCGAGUAGUUCAGACGACGGGACCAGACGGAAAAAACCUUCUGAAAUUAAUUCCAAUUUCUAAACCUACUGGAAGUUUUGUGCCAAUAGUUCAGUCUUCAGCCACACCAAACAAUUCUAAAGCGAAUAUUUCUAGUCCGGUCCAUCUUACAGUUGAGACGCAGCUUGCCAAUACUACUGCGCCUUCGUCUGUUAAGAUACCCAUUUUUCCAUCUCCUAAUUCUGGAAAGAUCAUUCUUACAAAGACAUUAGACACACAGGAAAGUGUUAGGGCAGGUUCUGAAAAGGAAAGCUUGGUUCCAAAGUCAGCUGCUGACAGCCAGAGUAGCUGUGUGUCCAUGGAUAGACUGUCUGUGCAGAGCAUGGCUGUAACAAGUUCCUCCGACCAGCAUCGCACUGCGUACAUGUUGGUGAACUCAAAAAGCCUUCCCAUUCCUGCGAAGUCUCCGGUGCUGCCCUCUGGCCACCACCUCCAGAUACCGGCUGAAGCAGAGGUAAAAUCUGUCCCAGCUUCUUUGUUACCGCCUGCAAUACAGCAAAAAAUACUCUCAGCUCCUGCAACAGAUGUGUCUGGAGAAGCUGACAGUACAAAACCACCAACUGUUAUUUAUGUGUCGCCAGUGAACACAGUGAAAACAGUGUUUCCCAAGCGUUUUAAAGCCAUUCGCCCCAAACCUGCCACGGAAACUUCAAACCCAGUAAUGACAGCUACGCAAAGGGGGAAUGGUUCUCCUGAGGCAGCAACCUCUGAUGGUCAGCAGUGCCCGCAAACUGCGAUGACAUGGGUUGUGCAAGAAAACACACAGCCAUCAGCAUCUUGCCUGAUUCCUGUGAAGUCAUCGAAUAAUAUGGUUUCCAAGAUCCUGAAAACACUGUCAGACACGAAGAAUGUAGAAGUUAACUCGACAAAUAUUUUGCCGCUCAGUUCUAGUGGUUCUGGUGGAAGCCAAACAAAAAUCACACCUAUUAAAGACAACGCUCUCGUCAUGUACAACGGGAAAGUCUAUUUGCUGACCAAAAGAGGCUUGGAUGUUCCAACAACCCAGGCUGACAAACAAGCACAUUCCUUUUCUGAUACUUCACUUAAGAAGGGGUCAUCCAAGCUCAUUGAUUCUGCUGCAGUCAAUAAAAUAGCCAAUAAAGUAGUGAAUCUGGUACUGUCAAGAAACGAAGGAGCGAUGGUGUCUCAGAAAGAUCCAAACCCAGGUACAAACUCUAACAGUUCUUCCCAAGCUGGCUUAAGAAAUGAAUUAAAAUCUGCACCUGCGACUCUGGUAACCCCAAGUGCUAAUCAGCAGGAUUCAGGUGUGAACCAGGAAAGGAGUUUGCCCUUCACCAAGAGCAUUUCAAGUGGAGUGACCCAUGCAGUAGGGACACAGGAAAACGGGUGCCAAAAUGGCGAGGAAAAGAUCCGUUCCCCCAGAGCAGCAAGGGCUCUUUUACCUCAGCUUGAGCAAGAGUGUGCUUCCAGUGAAGACAGGCAAAAGAUCCAAUGUGACAAGAUGGAUUCACCAGUAAAGGUUAUUCAAAUUGAACACCAGGAGAAGCCGCAUUGGAAACAAUACUUGGAACUAAGGAAAAAAUUUGGUCUCUCUAAGGAGGAGAGAGUGUACCUUAAGAGAAUACCUUUGAGGACCUCCUGUAAGAAACCAGAAGAAAGGGUUGGUUCCAGUAACAGCUUGGAAAGGAGAAAUGAUUCUUGCAGUUCAUCAUUAUUAGAUGUGGAAAUAAAACAGCAUCGGGAAUGUGUUAAUGAGGAAAAGAUAAUUGUGGAUCUGGAAGACAAUUUGACUAAGAAAAGAAAAUUAAAAUCCUCACCACUGUCAAACAGCGGAAAGAGAAGGAAAGCUUCUGUCACAUCAACCACAAAUCUGAAUUCAGAAGGCACCAGCUCCGAUUCUGUUGUAGUUACCAGCACUGCUUCAUGUACCUCGGUCUCGUCACAGCAGGUUGUGCCCACAGACUUUGUGUUAUCAUCUCCAGGGAGUGACUCUGAGCAAAGCCCGUAUGCUCAAUACAGCGAUGUUACAGACUCAAGUGUUCCAGUCAUAGUGUCUUGUGAAGGUAGUACUUCGGUUCUGGAAGGUUCUUUCAGAGAUGAUGCUUUCCUUUUGACUCCCCCAGACCUGGAUGAAACGAUACGGGAUGAAAGAAUAAACCGGCUGAAACAGCUGUUAAAAGAAAGGGAAGCAGCGCUUGAGGAGAUGCGUAGAAAAAUGCAGCAAAGCUGAGAUGCUGAAGCUGGUGAUCUGGAACAUGUUCGUCUUCAUUUUUAGGACUUCAAGAAGAAAUUCCAUGUUUAAAUUAACAUGAAUAUUUCUCGUAGAUGGAAGAUCAUAGUGAGAUUUACAGUGUGUGUGUAUUUAGAAAAGUAUAGGUGUCUUGUUGAACACCAGAAAGAAAAGAUUUGGACCGUCAAAUUCUGCUUCUGAGACAUUCUGUGUAUCAAAGAAUGCAGAAGACAGGCAUUUUAAUUAGUGUAUUCUCUAUAUUUUGAAUUGAGGAAUUUCUGUAUUAGUCUUAGCAAAUGAAUUUUCCCACUUAAGAAUUCCAUGGCCUCCCUUGGAAACGGAAUGUAAAUUGCAAACCCCACUUAUGCAAAAGUUUUUGUUUUCCUACUGUUUUCUAGUGCAUGACAACUUUUGUGAACUGUCAGUUGUCGUAAAAGGUCAAUGGUCGGUGUUUAAUAAGAUCUAUUUAAGUGAUUUGGGAAUUAGACUUUGGGUAGUGAUGAUGCAGAUAUUUAUAGGAACCCUUAUGGAUGUGAAUCCGAAGCAGUAGGAGCCCCAAUGACAGUGACCUGGAUCCUUGUAAGCCUUUGCGAGGCCUCUGCCAGCAGUGCUGUGUGGGAGCUGCUUUGUGGGUUAAUUUUGGGGGAAAGAGUAUUUUUUCUAAACGGAAAUCUGUUGAAAAAUAACUUAUUGAAGCAAAAAAAAGGCAUAUUUCUAUAUCCGGGGGCGGCAGCUUUAGUAAUUCUUGAGUAUCUUUUCAAUUGAUUUGUUCAGUUGUUGUUUGAACGCGUCUCUUGUUGCCUUCACCUGGUGUUACUGUAGUUUUUCGUUGCAGGAGAGAACGUGCACUCAAACUGUCUCUGCUGUUGGUGUUUUCUAGAUCUUGGUAGUGCAUUCCCUUACCACAUUCCGUCAUGUCUUGUAUGGACACCUUUAACUCCUCUCUGUUGUACAUGUCAUUGAAUCUUAAACAGCCAUAAAGAAUUGUUUUGCCGACAGAAUUCGCCGCUGGUUUUUUUUAUGCCCAUUUGUGGUUGGAUGCGGCAUCACUGAUCCCUGCAGAUUUCCAUUGCUGAUUUCUGUGCAUGGGAGACUGUUGCUACUCUUCUUGUUUUCUGUAUUUUAAUCAAAUUUUCAUUCACAAGGUUUUUCUUGGUUAUCAUAUGUGUAUGCAGGGCUUAGGCAAAGGAUGCUGCUUUGGAGAUCUCUCUUUGGAGAACCUCAUGGGCCGUAUCAGUUCUGUGUUCCCCUAGUAGUAAUACACACCUCGGCAGCGUGACAACCUCAAGUGGAUUAGGGAGACACAACAGUCUUAACAAGGGAAGAAAAGAUGGUCCGUGCUUUGAAGAGUUUGAGCUAGAGCCAGCGUAGGAGAAGAUGAUCUCCAAACGUACCGUGGUGGGUGAAGAAGGAAGGUAUGGAAUGGAACUGCACUCCAAUGAGAGAGAUUGCUGUAUGAAGCAGCUGCCUGUGACGGAGCCAGCAGGGAUGACAUCCUCAUGGGCGCCCGUGGGUUCACUCUGCGUGGGGUGAGUGCCUGGGGUAGAAGUCCCAUCAUUUAGCAUAGUGAAGGAGAAGGCAAUGAGGGACUGGUGCACAGCUGGGAGCGUGGGCAAGACAGCCGAGUGCCUGGUUAGAGCUGCGCCGUGCAGCCUGGCAGCGAGGCCGAGCCGCUUCUGGAGCGGCUGUGCAUGGAUGUUGUGUCCCCCUUAUUGGUAAAUGGGCAAAGGGCAAAGCAAAAAAGCAGAGAGGCUGAUUUAGACUAGACAUAAGGAGGAAUUUCUUCACAAUGAGGGUGAGGAGGCGCUGGAACGGAUUGCCAAGGGAAGUUGUGACUGCCCCAUCCCUGCAGGUGUUCAAGGCCAGGUUGGAUGGGGCUUGGACAGCCUGAUCUAAUGGGAGGUAUCCCUGCCCAUCGGGGGGGGGUUGCAAUUGGAUGAUCUUUAAGGCCCCUUCCACCUCAAACCAUUCUGUGGUUCUGUGAUAGGAGAUGACUUUUUUGAGAAGCUGAUGGUUCCGGCGAGAAGGGUGUCUGUGCAGUCUCAUCUGUGCUUAUUCCAGAAAGUGUGGAAGAAGCAUAAGUUUGGACAAGCCUCCUUGUCAAAUAUAAGCAAUGAUGAGGAGGGAACGGUUUUGUGUGAGCAGCGGGAAUACUCCCUGUGUGUACGUGAGUGUGAUGAGCUGACCUUGGCCAACUGCUAUGCACCCACCCAGUUGCUUGCUUGCUCCCCACUCCUGCAGAAUGGGGACAAAAUAGGAGGCAGACAAGCCCUGAGAACUGAGAUGAAGACGAUUUAACAGGUGAGUAAAAGCUGGAUGCAGGCAAAGCAAAAUAAAGAACUUAAUUACCAUGUUCUAUCAGCAGGCAGAGGUUGAGUCAUUUCCUGGGUCACGGCAUGCAUAAUGCCUGCAUGAAGACAAAUCCUCUAACCACAAAUGUCUCUGCAUCCUCCUGUGAUUAAGGUUUUGUUUGCAGAGUGUGACAUCAUAGAAUCAUAGAACCAUAGAGUGGUUUGGGGUGAAAGGGACUUUAACGUGGUAUGGAAUAUCCCUUUGAUCAGUCUGGGGCAAUAGUCCUGGCUGUGUCUGUUCCCAUAUUCUUGUCCACCCUCAGCUUACUUGCUGGAAGGGAUGCAGAGUGAGAAAGGGAAAAGCCUUGAUGUCAUCAAGCGCUGUUUAGCAGUGGCCAAACUCCAAAGUGUUAUCAACACCAUCUCUCUCGCAAAUCCAAACCACAGCAGUGGAUGGGCUUCUAUGAAGACAAUGAACUCCAUCCCAUCCAGACCCAGUGUGAUGGGACGGCAAUCGUAAUGGAGAUAGAAGCAUCUCCAUGUCUCGUAUCUGAUGCUGCAUAACCUGCUGCGGUGCUCAUUAACAGACUUUGCUUACCCACCAUAACUGUCUUCUCAUAAAAUUCUUUUCUCUGUUUUUCCAACCAUCUCCAAAGAAAUCGGUGAAGCUGGGUUCACUCUUUUCCUUGGGAAGAUUACAGGUUUGACAUUCCAUGACAUACCACCUUCUUUCUUCCAGAACCUCCUUACCCUGGCAAAGUGGUGCAUUAGCCUCAGUUGUCUCUAGAGACAAUGAUAAGAUAUCGAAAGUCUGGCAAAUAAUACUCACUGCAAGGUUCUGAAGAACUGUGAUCAGUAGGAUUUGGUGGAAGAAAGUGAUUAGGCCAUUUCCUGGUGAUCUGGUCAUGGAAAACCCUUGGUGCAGGUCUGAAAGGCAAAGCCAAGCCAUCUAUGGAAGAGCUGGGCAGAAGUGUGGAGGGUAGAGAAGGCUCUAGAGCAGGAUCUGGAUGGGCUGGAUCCAUGGGCUGAGACCCGGUGGGAUGAGGUUCAACAAGGCCGAGUGCCAAGUCCUGCACUUGGGACACAACAACCUCAUGCAGCUCCAGGCUGAACAUGAGCCAGCAGUGACUCAUGUGGCCAUGAAGGCCAGCAUCAUCCUGGCUUGGAUCAACCAUGGGGUGGCCAGCAGGAGCAGGGCAGGGAGCGUCCCCGUGGUCUUGGAAUUGGUGAGGUUGCACCUCGAAUCCUGGGUUCAGUUUUGGGUCCUUCGCUCCAAGAAGGACAUUGAGGGGCUGGAGUGCGUCCAGAGGUGAACAACAGAGCUGACGAAGGAGCUGGAGGAUAAGUGUUAUGAGAACUGGCUGAGUUGCCAAAGUCAGAACAGUCCAGGAGAUGUGAGGAGGAUCUGGAAGCUGGUGUCAUCCUCCAUGUCACAGCAAGCAACACUGGAUAAGCCACCUGGAUAAUAGGGUAUCUUGGCACUGAGCUACUGGCCAGACCAUGUAGACAUCUACUUUGAUACCUGCCCGUGAUCCAGGGCUUGGGAGAGGGGUUGAAUCUAAGUAAAAUCACCUUCUCCAAUAAGAUCUCCCAUUGACUGCAUUGUUCUGCAAUGUCAGUGUUCUACACAGUCUGGCAUGGCUGUUCCAGUAUUCUAUCAUAAUUUCUACCUAUUUUAUUGGGAUGGACAGGAAAGUGAGACUCUUAUGGCUCCCCAGAGAGCUCUGGGAAGGCUUCAGAAAGCUGGGGUUGUGUUUGCCCCUCUCCUGCCCUCCAGCACCAAAGCAGUGUCUAAUGAAAACUUGUUUCAGCUGUUUCAUUCAGCUGGUUUUAUCCUAUAGGGUUCUUGUUUGAGCCUGAGGAUUUAACCCUGAUCAUUUGUAAACUCACUGCUGUUCAUUAGUUUGUUUGGAAACUUCUCACCCACAGCUCAGCCAGAUCCAUCAGUUCUCUGGGAUGAAAGGAUGGGAACAUUUCUGGGCUCUUCUGUCGUGAUUACGGAUGCCAACGUCAAGAGUGUAGAUGUAAUUCAUGCCAGAAAGCGCAGAGUAAUGCCCGUUGGUGCACAACCUGCAAAAUAGCGUUACAGAAGAUAGGGAAAAAGGCCUGCUGGAAUGAUUUGGAGCCUGAGUAAGGGUCAGGACCUCCUAGGGAGGCAUAUACAAUAUGAACAAUAGCAGGAGACUUUGCGGAUUAACUUGAUAACGACCUGAAAGACACUGUUGUGCAGGAAACUGAGCUCAAAAUGCAGAAGUGAUGAUAAGGAAGAAGAAAAGGAAAGAAAAUCGCCUUAAAAGGAGCUAACAAACCUGAAAACGGCUUAAACAGAUGAGAACUGAGAAGGAUUCAAGGCUCUGUGGUUGAACUGUGCAACUGUAAAUGAGCAAGAAACCCAAUGAGGGGUGCUGGGCAGGCGAGGAGCGGAAGGGUGGUUGUGAGGCUGAGGGGUUUAACUGGAAGCUUGGGAAUGUGCUGUUUAAGGUAGAACUUGGAGUCUCCCCAGAGUUCAGGCUCCCGGUUGCUCGUGGUUGGUCUCUCUUGGCUGAGUUGUAGAGAGCUGCUGCGACAGAGCAAUCCAGGGCUGUCUGGAUCAGGAAUUAGCACGGGACAGGCUGGCUAUGCCUGGGCUCGGGAUGAGCUCUCUGUGCCUGAUGGGGAUCUAUGGGAGGGAGGUGAAGGGAAGGUGGUGCCAGGCACCCAGGG